GAAGAAGAACAAGAGACAGAUGUUUAUUACAUAAAAAUUGUCAAAUCUACAUUUUGGAAUUGGGAUAAUUUUUCAUUUAUCCAAGAAUAACUAUCCUGAACAAUUUGGAAGUAAUGGCUGCUUUUAUAAGAAGCCUGGGUAUACGCUUGGCAGCUAAAAAUGGAUUAACCGCCAGUGGCACCUUAAAUACUUCUACCAUACGCUUGAUGAGCGCUGCAGCGGAAACAAAAAAACCCGAAAUGCCCACUGUACGUAAACCAAAUGAGAUGGCUCGUACUAGCUUAUCAGAUUUCGGACGUUAUGUGGCUGAAUGUUUGCCCAAAUAUGUGCAGAAAGUACAAUUGACCGCUGGCGACGAAUUGGAAGUGCUAAUCGCUCCUGAGGGUGUGGUGCCAGUGUUGCAAUUCCUUAAAGAUCAUCAUCAGGCUCAAUUCAGUAAUUUAACCGAUAUUGCUGGUAUGGAUGUACCGAACCGAAAAUAUCGUUUCGAGGUCAUCUAUAAUAUACUUUCGUUACGGUAUAAUUCACGUAUACGUGUUAAAACAUAUACCGAUGAGUUAACACCUUUGGAUUCUUGUUUCGAGGUAUACAAAGCAGCUAACUGGUAUGAGCGUGAAAUUUACGAUAUGUACGGUGUGUUCUUUGCAAAUCAUCCAGAUUUACGACGCAUCUUGACCGAUUACGGAUUUGAGGGUCAUCCUCAACGGCGUGAUUUCCCUCUGUCCGGUUACGUUGAGUUGCGUUAUGACGAUGAAAAGAAACGAGUAGUGUGCGAACCUUUGGAAUUGGCACAAGAGUUUCGAAAAUUUGACUUAUCAGCGCCAUGGGAACAAUUUCCCAAUUUCCGUAAUGCAAAUCCUCCCGCUAUGGAGAUAGAAACUAAAGAUAAAAAAUAACUUUACCCAUCUUUGUAAAGUUUUCAAAAAAACUAUUUAAUAAACGUUAAU